CAGUGAAGGUCGAUGUUGGGGAAAAACCGUGGACCGCCGCAGCUUGAGCCGCGACCGCAAACAGUUUAGCGCGCGCCAAGUAGCAAAUGGCCGCCUGCAGUUCCAACUAUAACCUUCCCUCCGUCACGUCUUUCCUCCGUCCUGCAGCCUGUCUCAUACCACCACACUCACUCGACCUGCUCCACCCCAGAAGCAGUCUACAAGUGUCGUCGGUCGACCGCGCGCAAUAGCUAGAACCCAAUACAAAUCCGUAGCUGAUCCCGCAACUGCUGCAACAAUGUCGUACGCUCCCGAUGGUCGCCUGCUGUCGCCUGGCGAGGUCUAUGAAGCCGCGCCCGCGCCCGUGAAAGAAGACGAGUGGCAGGAGGACCUGAACGUUGCCAUGAUCUGCCCGGACUGCAAGGAGAAUCCUCCGAAUCUAGUUGAAGAGUUCAGCGCCGGCGACACCAUUUGCGGUUCCUGCGGUCGCGUACUUGCAGAGAGGACUAUAGACACGCGCUCUGAGUGGCGCACUUUCUCCAACGACGAUCAAGGAAACGACGAUCCCUCGCGUAUCGGAGACGCCGCGAACCCGCUGCUUCAUGGCUCUCAACUCCAGACGGAGAUCGGUUUUGGCGACGGUGGUAUGAGAGUCCGCGACCUGAGCCGCGCGCACAACAAGAGCAACCACGAUAAAGUCAACAAGGCGUUGCAGGCCGCAUACGGACAGAUCUCGGCGCUCUGCGACUCACAAAACAUCAGUCGCCCGACCGCCGAGACAGCCAAGAUGCUGUUCAAGAUGACCGACGACGCCAAAUUGUUCAAAGGCAAAUCGCAAGACGCUAUUAUCGCCGGCUGCAUCUUCAUCGCGUGUAGGAAGCACGACCAGCAGCGCAGUUUCCGCGAGAUCUUCAAGAUGACCAACGUCAGCAAGAAGGAAGUCGGCCGUACAUUCAAGGUUCUCGAGGCCUUCAUACAAAAGUCGCAGAACAGCGGGCCCUCCGUCGCAGGCAACGGUGCCGUCAUCGACACCGUCAACCUUCUCAACCAGAAAGGCGGCACCACAGCCACCAGCGCUGCGAGUCUCAUGCCCCGUGCCUGCGCCAAACUUGCCCUUGGAACACAGGUACAGAUGGUUGCAGAGGAAUGCGCGGAUCAGGUCGCUCAUUACGGAGUCGCAGCUGGACGUUCGCCGCUGUCCAUCGCUGGUGCCUGUCUCUAUCUCGUCUCCCAUCUCAUGGGCCAGCCCAAGUCUCCGAAAGAGAUUGGUCUCGCAGUCGAAGUCAGCGACGGAACGAUCCGCACUGCAUACAAGCUCAUGCACUUGGAACAGGACAAGCUCAUCAAGGAGGAAUGGAUCGCAAAGGGUGGCGAUCGCUCCAGGAUUCCGCAAGCAUAGUUGUCUUGCGAGCCUUGAGGGUCGCGUUGGGAUUUUGAGGUCUCUUCAGAAAAUUGGUUUUGCAUUUACAAGGACAGCGCAUUGCAUGGUGUUUAUGAACAGGGUUCGUAAUUCUCUGGUAUGGGUAAGGCUUGGGGGUUUCUUAAUACGGUGGCAUUGCUAGUACGUUUUUUUCUCUCUCUCGCAGCCUCACUCAAAUUGCUUUGGCAACAACACAUGAUACCCGAUAGAUAGGCACAUAUCGAAAAAAUUGAAAUGGCGUUGGUUUGGAAAAUACGUCGAUAUGUCGAGGUGAAAUUGACUGUAGGCUACGGUUCAGGUGUUAGUAUACUGGUCUUACGAGCACACAGCACAAGACCGGCGAUUCGACUCUCAGAGUUUGGUUAGAGGACCCUGGUGUAGACCCCGUUGACAUUGCAUUACGAGU